UAUUCAUUUUGCAAAUUUGCUUGUUAAAGGUUUAUAGAAGUGACAGAGGUCUGUUGAGGAAAAGGGAAACAGAACCGAAUAGAAGCACAUUUUUAUUAUCCUCUGUUCGUGUUUCAUGUUUAAACAGGAAGUUUAUUUUCUUCUCCCCACUGAUGUGACCUCUUCUUUCUCUCUGUUAGCUCUUUGACAUAUGAUCCAGUGUGAGCCACAGGAGACCUGAGUGUUAAACAAUGUUCUCAACAUGACAUAAUAUAAUACAACAAUACUGAAGGUGUGUGAGUGUGUAACAGGUCACACAGGGAGGGUCAGGACCUGAAGGAGUGUUAUCAACAGGAUAACAGAAACAGAUUAACUGAAUAAGGUUGAAUGACGCGAUAAAUGUAUCCUGUAGAUCUGAAAGUGUUGUUGAAGUAAUGCAAUUAUUUGAAUCACGUUCAGGCCUUGUUUGAUUAUUAAGGAAUAACAUUUAAGGAAUAACUACAGAAUGUGAAGUUAUAAAAGGGAAUCUAAGACAAUUUUGUCAUGAGAAAACCUGCAUAGAUACAGACAUACCAUGGUAUUGAAUAUUAUACUGAAAGCUCUUAUUUCUUUUCUGGUUUUGAAACUGUUGUACAGUUUGGAUCUUUUCACUGAGGCCUGACUGAGUUUGUGUAUUUCUGCUUCUUCAAAGUACACAACAAUAGUUCAUCCAUGUAGAAAAUGUCUCCUCCAAUGUGUGUUUUCACUAGAGGCAAACAAGGAACAGAAUAUUUGAGUAUCCCAUGAGUAUCUGUUUUCAUGACUCUACAGGUAAUGGGACACGGAGGAGUCAAUAAACAUGUGAAGGUAUCAUAAUCCCAUGUGUAGUAAUUGGAUGCAGGCUUAUGUCCACACAGGAGCAUUAAAACCGCCUUGUUAAUCCCUUUUCUUUUCUCCGACACCUGCAGAGUUGUCACCAGGACAAAGGGAUCAGACACUUUACUGGAGACAACACAAGGACUUCCACAGCAGCAGCCAUGGUGGACGCAGCCGCCGCCGAGCAGUUCCUGGACGCCAACCCGCAGUUCGCCAAGCAGUACUAUGACAUCAACUUCCGGCCAAAGGUCAUCUCGGACCUGCUGGACAACAACCGCAAGACGGCGGUGAACAUCAGCACGUUCCACGACCUCACGAUGGUGGAGGAGAGCGAGAUCGUCUUCGACCUGAUGCGGGACAUCCAGGACAACCUGCAGAUGGAGAAGUCCGUCUUCAACCUCAUGAAACAUCUCAGCUUCAUGAUGAGGGCCGACCGCAUGAGCCUCUUCAUGUACCGGCAGAGGAACGGCGUGGCCGAGCUGGCAACAAGGUUAUUUAACGUCAAUAAAGAUUCGGUGUUCGAGGACUGUCUGGUGCAGCCGGACAGUGAGAUCGUUUACCCCCUGGACAUCGGCAUCGUGGGUCACGUGGCCUCCACGAAGAAGAUGGUCAACAUUCCUGAUGUGUCGGAGACCCCCCAUUACAGUGAGUUUGUGGACGAGCUGACCGAGUACAAGACCAAGAACCUCCUGGCCGUGCCCAUCAUGAACGGUAAAGACAUGGUGGCCGUCAUGAUGGCCAUCAACAAGCUGGACGGGCCGCGCUUCACGGACAAAGAUGAGGAGAUCCUCAACAAGUAUCUGAACUUCGUCAACCUGAUGCUGAGAGUUUUCCACUUGAGUUACCUGCACAACUGUGAGACCAGGAGGGGACAGGUGCUGCUGUGGUCGGCCAGUAAGGUGUUCGAGGAGCUGACGGACAUCGAGAGGCAGUUCCACAAAGCCUUGUACACAGUCCGAGCUUUCCUCAACUGUGACCGCUACUCUGUGGGUCUGCUGGACAUGACCAAGACCAAGGAGUUCUUUGACCUGUGGCCUGUUCUGAUGGGAGAAGUUCCCCCGUACGAGGGACCCAAAACUCCUGAUGGCAGGGAAAUCAUCUUCUACAAAGUGAUCGACUACAUCCUCCACGGAAAAGAAGAAAUCAAAGUUAUACCGGGUCCUGAUGCAGAUCACUGGGCUCUGGCCAGUGGUUUACCAGUCUACGUGGCAGAGAACGGACUGAUCUGUAACAUCAUGAAUGCAGCACAAGACGAUUUCUUCAACUUCCAGAAAGAACCUCUGGACGAUUCUGGAUGGACCAUCAAGAACGUCCUGUCUCUGCCAAUCGUCAACAAGAAAGAGGAGAUAGUGGGCGUGGCCACGUUCUAUAACAGGAAGGAUGGGAAACCCUUUGAUGAAAUGGACGAAACGCUGAUGGAGUCGCUGACCCAGUUCCUGGGCUGGUCGGUGCUGAACCCCGACACCUACGACCGGAUGAACAAGCUGGAGAACAGGAAGGACAUCUUCCAGGACAUGGUGAUGUACCACGUCAAGUGUCGCAAGGACGAAAUCCAGAACGUUCUGAACACCAGGGAUAGAUGGGGGAAGGAGCCUGACGAGUGCGAGGAGGAGGAGCUGCAGGAGAUCCUGACGGAGAUUUUGCCGAACUCUAAGAAAUCUGAGAUCUUAGAGUUUCACUUCUGCGACUUUGACCACAGUGAACUGGAUCUGGUGAAGUGCGGCAUCCAGAUGUACUACGAACUGAAGGUGGUGGACAAGUUCCACAUUCCCAGAGAGGUGCUGGUGAGGUUCAUCUACUCGCUCAGUAAAGGCUACAGGAGAAUCACUUACCACAACUGGAGACAUGGAUUCAACGUGGGACAGACGAUGUUCACUCUACUGAUGACAGGUGAUCUGAAGCGUUACUUCACGGACCUGGAGUGUAUGGCCAUGGUCACCGCCGGCUUGUGCCACGACAUCGACCACAGAGGAACCAACAACCUCUACCAGCUGAAGUCUGCUAAUCCUCUGGCGAAGCUUCAUGGCUCCUCCAUCAUGGAGAGACACCAUCUGGAGUUUGGAAAGACUCUGCUGAGAGAGGAAUCACUGAACAUUUAUCAGAACCUGAACCGACGUCAGCACGACACCGUCAUCCACCUCAUGGACAUCGCCAUCAUCGCCACUGACCUGGCGCUCUACUUCAAGAAGAGGACGAUGUUCCAGAAGAUCGUGGACCAGUCCAAGACCUACGAGAACUGGAACGACUGGACCCAGUACAUGAUGCUGGAGACCACGCGCAAGGAGAUUGUCAUGGCCAUGAUGAUGACGGCCUGUGACCUGUCUGCGAUCGCCAAGCCGUGGGAGAUCCAGAGCAAGGUGGCGCUGUCUGUCGCUGCAGAGUUCUGGGAGCAGGGAGACCUGGAGAGGACGGUCCUGGAGCAACAGCCCAUUCCGAUGAUGGACAGAAACAAAGCAGAGGACCUGCCGAAGCUUCAGUGUGGUUUCAUCGACUUUGUCUGCGCGUUUGUGUACAAGGAGUUCAGCCGCUUCCACGUGCAGAUCACCCCCAUGCUGGACCGCCUGCUGAACAACAGGAAGGAGUGGAACGCCCUGAAGGAGGUGCACGAGGCCAAAGUGGCCGCCCUCGAUGCAGCCAAGAAGUCCAAGGAGGAGGAGACGCAGAACGCAGUGGGAGCCAAACAAGCGAGUGCAGCCCAGUCACAAUCAAAGACUUGUGUUCUCAGCUGAAGAUGCUCCGACAGCUCCGCCUCGCUCUCCACAUGGUCGAGGGUUUCCUCGAGUUUUAUCGUGAGAUGUUUGAAACGUACGGUUCAUCGAGAGGACACCUCUAACUUCUGAGAACUCGCUAAAGUCGUCUCGGCUGCUUUUACUGAAGUCUGCUUCCUCCUGCUCCGACAGCGUGUCACUCAUUAGAUGCUUCACGGGAUGUUCGGCUGUUUGUAGGAAGCUCCCACAUCUCACAUGUAUCCCAGCUGCUUGAAAAUGAGAAAUCCUGCAUUGAAAAUGUUCUUGUGUGCAACUCGAGUGCUUCUAGUGUCAGCUCCUUACAAGCGUUUCCAAUCCACCAACCAGAGAAGCUUCUAAAAACAGUCCCUGCUUACACAGCAACCCCAUGCACGUCUCUUUAAAGACAUUAUAAUGCUGCUCUGGCAUAAACUGAAACCAGCAGCUGCCUGAAAAGCUCUGCAGCAGAAACCGUAGAAACUGUUCCAGCAGCUAAAUGAGCUCAAACCGUCAGUUUAAGUGUCUGUGACAGUCGCUGCUGAGAAUCAUCUGCAACUUUCUAAUCUGUGUUUAAUCAGCGAAUGUUUAAACCAGUGUCUCCGUGAUCCAGACUGGACAUUUGUUCUGGAGCUCCGGCUUUAAGAUAAUAUUCAACAUGUCUGAGUCACAGCUUCAGUCUGAGGAUCUCAGACAGUUUCCAACGUGACUGAAGCAGAUUUUAACUUUAACAAUGAUGAGAAUCAAAUAAAGAUCCAAGACAAUCAAAGAGUAGCUGCAGUUUCACUCUGAAAUAUUUGCAAAAUAUUCAUUAUUUGUUUUCAGGGCCUGUCAGGGGAAUGAUGUCAAUAUUAUGGAAUACUUUUUUAUCAUAUAUGUAUCUUAAAAAUGAUGUGAUUCAUGAUUCCUUGGAUACUCUUUGUUGAACCAUAAUAACAAAGAAACGUAAUUAAGGCUGGAUGCUUUACAGUUAAACUAUAAACCAAAAAUCUUCACUAAACACAAUCAGAUAUAAAGAAUUUGAAAGAUAAUGUUGAACAUAAACAUAUUUUAACCUAAGAUAUUAAUAUACAUCUUUUCUCCAUUGUUUCUUCUGUAAGGUAUACGUUUUCUUUUACCUUACAGAUUUAAAAGCAAGUAGAAAUCAGAGAAAUAAAAGUUUUUGUUAAAUUGAUCAGGCUCUAUUCAAAUGUGUAGAUUUUAGGGGGCACCAGACAUUUAAAUAGUGUUGGUGAAUCACAUGUUGUGUAUUUCUGGCUCUCGGGACUUUAGCUGUGUUCACAUGUUUCAGCUUGUUUCAUCUACUUGCUUUUAAAUAUUCAGAAUCGACACGAGUAUGAAGUAAAUGCAGAUUGAAUACAUUAGUACAUUGUUUACAAAAUAGCUGCAUUGUUUGGAUAAAGAUUUGUUUGUCUUCUCUGCUUUUACUGUAACUCUGCAUUUAAGAAGAAAACCUGUUGACGUGAACCUUGUUAGUGUUUCUGAUCCGUGUCAUGUUUAGUGUGUAACGUUUGCAGAUGAAUGAAACUAAUGCAGAUCAGAGAAAAAUGUAUGUCCUUACUUUCAUUUUAGUUAUUAAUCUGUAAUCUGUAUUUGUUUACAAGUAAUUUGCAGAGUUGAGUAAAGAAACGCUAUUUUCAUACUGUUA